GUUCAGUGAACGAGAACCAGAGACCAUCAAAUUCGUACAACGGAGACCUGAAUGGACUGCUGGUGCCUGAUCCCAUCGUGACUGGAGAUGGACCUUCUUUGUCUAAGCCAGUGCAUCGCAGCAUUUCUCUGGGAGCCCUGCAGGAGAAGCAAGUCAUCUGCCUUUCUGGUGAUGACAGCUCCACUUGUGUAGUGAUAUCUGCUAAAGAUGUGGAGAUAGUGGCCAGCAGUGAUUCCAGCAUCACCAGUAAGGCCAGAGGGAGUAACAAGGUGAAAAUACAGCCCGUUGCUAGAUAUGACUGGGAGCAGAAAUACUAUUAUGGCAAUCUGAUAGCUGUUUCAAACUCUUACCUGGCUUAUGCCAUUAGAGCUGCCAGUAAUGGCUCUGCUAUGGUGCGAGUGUUGAGCGUCAGCACUGCUGAGCGGACCUUGCUGAAAGGAUUCACGGGCGGUGUGGCAGACCUGGCUUUUGCUCAUCUCAACUCCAACCAGCUGGCGUGCCUGGAUGAGGCUGGCAACCUUUUUGUCUGGCGCCUGGCCAUGGAUAAAGAGAAAAUCCAAGAGGAGAUCUUGGUCAACAUCAAGCGACCUGACAAUACCCCAUUGAACACCUCUCGAAGAAUCAUCUGGUGCCCUUUCAUCCCAGAUGAUAAUGAGGAGAGCGGUGAAGAGGGAAGUCAGACAUUGGCGUUGUUGCAUGAGGACAGGGCAGAGGUGUGGGAUUUGGACAUUAUCCGAACGAACAACAGCUCCUGGCCAGUGGAAGUGCCUAGCAUCAAAGAAGGCUUCAUCGUAGUGAAAGGCCACAGCACGUGCCUGAGCGAGGGAGCACUUUCUCCAGAUGGAACUGUGUUGGCCACAGCAAGCCAUGAUGGUUUUGUCAAAUUCUGGCAGAUCUAUAUUGAGGGACAGGACGAGCCAAGGUGUCUUCAUGAGUGGAAACCCCAUGAUGGUAGACCUCUUUCCUGCCUGCUCUUCUGUGACAACCAUAAAAAACAAGACCCAGAGGUUCCCUUCUGGAGAUUUCUCAUCACAGGAGCAGAUCAGAACAGAGAACUGAAGAUGUGGUGCACUGUGUCUUGGACCUGUCUGCAAACUGUCCGCUUUUCUCCUGACAUCUUCAGUUCCAUGAGUAUUCUUCCCAGCCUGAAAGUUUGCUUGGACCUCUCCGCUGAAUACCUGAUUCUGAGUGAUGUGCAGAGAAAAGUCUUGUAUGUGAUGGAGCUGAUGCAGAACCAGGAGGAGGGAAAAGCUUACUUCAGCUCCAUCUCCGAGUUCCUCCUUACCCAUCCGGUCCUAAGCUUUGGCAUCCAGGCAGUGAGCCGCUGCCGGUUAAGGCACACUGAAGUGCUCCCAGCGGAAGAGGAAAAUGACAACUUGAGUGUAGAAGGUGCUCAGGGAGCCGGGGCUGUUGAAUCAGCAGCAGGCGUACUGAUAAAACUCUUCUGUGUGCACACCAAGGCACUACAGGAUGUGCAGAUUAGAUUUCAGCCUCUUCAUAGCCCUGACAUGAGCGCUUCCAUGCCUUCCCAUGGAUCCCAUGAAGAAUUUGCCUUUCCAGACCACAUGGCUGAUCUAAGCACAGAAGGGCUGGGAUCUGAAAAAGGAUCGGUGCAUGGCUCUCAACCAGACCUGCGGCGCAUUGCUGAUCUGCCUGUACCAGCAGACUUUCUGUCUCUCUCAAAUGAUGCCAAACCUAAGCUGAUGACUCCAGAUGCAUUCAUGACACCAAGUGCAUCUCUUCAACAGAUCGCUGUAUCUCCAGGCAGCAGCGUUAGUUCCCUGACUGCAGUCACAGCCAUGAGUAGCACUUCUGUCACGGAUACUUCUAUGCCCAGGCCAUCAGAGGACUUGACUGUGAGCCCCAAGAUGCAGCUGGACACCAGCCUCACGCUGAGUAGCAGUAGCAGCAGUCUUCAGACUAGUCCUAGAAGCCAUCCAGUUCUUAUCCCAGGGCUCUCUGACAAGCUAACACCAAAGGCACCUGUUCCAGUAAGGCUCCAAGUCACACCAGGAAACCCUUCUCUAGCAUUGGAACUGCAGGAGGUGGAGCCCUUGGUGGUGCCCCAAGCUUCUCCCACCCGUGAGCGCUCGCCAGAUGUCAUUUCCUCUGCUUCCACAGCCAUGUCCCAAGAUAUCCCAGAGAUUGCUUCUGAGACCUUGCAACGCAGCUUUGCAGCAGCUCCAUCUGGGCUCCCUGCGGAGGUGCUGGAGCCCAGUCAUCAUGCAGACAGUAUGGCUUCUGCUGCCUCUGCCUUGCAUUUGCUGUCUCCGAGGAACCGGCACAACUCAGAGCACAGCCACCACUCUUUGGACAUGCCUCCAGUGGAGGUAGACAGACUGAAUGCUCCGUCGUUACUGGAGACUGCUUUAACUCAGGAAAAUGCAUCUUCUGACAGUGUUGUGAGUCAGCCAUGGCCAGCAGCUCCUGACAUAACCAGAGAAACCAGGAACAGCAUGGCAGACAGCCCAAGGGACGAGGUUGAAGAAAAGCACAAGAGCUCUUCGUAUCAUCGACACAGCUACCACCUGCUGCAGCAUGACAGCCAGGACGCUAGUGCAGAACAAAGUGACCAUGAUGAUGAAGUUGCAAGCUUGGCUUCUACGUCAGGUGGAUUUGGUGCCAAAGCAUCUACGCAGAGGCUGCCUGUGAAGGACUGGAAAGCCAAGGCAUCCCCUCGGGCUUCCCCAAAGCUAAAGCGGAAGGGCAAGAAAGAUGACGGGGAUGUGAACCAGUCACCAAGAUCAUCUAACAACCAGGUCACACCAGAGUUCCAGGAUGAGCUGAUGUGCAUAUUGAGGAGCCAGCAGCGGGAGCUCUCUGAGCUGCGUCAGAACCAGAUGGAGCUGCUGCAGAGACUCACGGAUCACCUUGAUGCCAUUCAGAGCUCCCUCAUGGGCCACGUGGAGAGGGUGAUUGACUCCCAGCAGGAGCAGGAGCAGAGAAGACUAGAUCGAGCGCUGACAGAAGGACAGCAGCGCAAUGGGCAGCUCCAGGAACAUCUCUCUCAGCAGCUGUCGCAAUCCCUUUCCACUGCUGUGUGUAACCGUCUGGAGAGGACCAUUCGCGAGGAGAUGAAGAAGACUGUACCUCAGUGCAUUUCCAAGAGCGUGGACCCUGUUGCUGGACAGCUAAGUAACACUAUUGCUGCCAAGCUCACUGCUGUUGAGGGGACACUGAAGGAGAGUAUCACCAAGCUAGUGAAAUCAAAGAACCUUACAGAUACCAUUGUGAGGGCAACAGCCGAUACCCUCCAGGGGCCGAUCCAGUCAGCUUACAGGGAAGCGUUUCAAAGUGUUGUGUUGCCAGCUUUCGAGAAGAGCUGCCAGUCCAUGUUCCAGCAAAUCAAUGACACCUUCAAGCAGGGCACGCAGGAAUAUAUCCAACAGCUCGAGACUCACUUGAAGAACAAGAAGGUACGAGAACAGGAGGCCCGGGACCCGCUGCUGAAUCAGCUUCGGCAGCUCAUCAGCACCUUCCAGAGCACCACCGAGCAGCUGGCUUCUACUAUAGCAGCCAGCGUCCAUGCUGAGGUGCAGCAUCAGCUGCAUAUUAUCGUGGGCAACAUGCAGGAGUCUAUUUUGGCCCAGGUGCAGAGAGUCAUUAAAGGAGAAGUGAGCCUGGCUAUGAAGGAGCAGCAAGCAGCUGUCACCUCGAGCAUCGUCCAGGCAAUGCGCUCAGCGGCCGGGACUCCAAUCCCUGCUGCUCACUUGGACUUCCAGUCUCAGCAAACUCACAUCCUUCAGCUGCUCCAGCAAGGACACCUCAACCAAGCUUUCCAGCAGGCUCUAACAGCAGCUGAUCUCAACCUGGUUCUGUACGUCUGUGAGACUGUGGAUACUCAGCAAGUAUUCGGGCAGCAUCCAUGCCCGCUGUCCCAGCCUGUGCUGCUCUCUCUCAUUCAGCAGCUCUCCUCAGAUUUGGGUACUCGAACGGAACUGAAGUUGAAUUACUUGGAGGAAGCAGUGAUGCACCUGGACCACAGUGACCCCAUCACCCGAGACCACAUGGGGUCAGUCAUGAACCAGGUGCGGCAGAAACUCUUCCAGUUCCUCCAGGUGGAACCCCACAACACGCUGAGCAAGCCUGCCCGUCGCCUCAUGAUCAUGCUCCAGGGCCUGGUCACCCCUGGCAUGACCUAGGAGGACCUGGCUACCUUGUGGGCUGCUCCAUGGAAGCCCACCCAGCAGAAACAGUAGUUACUAACCACGUAUGGCUUGUGUUAAGAGCUCUUGCCAGGAAAUCUA